UAGACCCCGAAAGUACGUAUUGAGGGGUCUAUUAGAAAGAUGAAAGUGGUUAUAUACCUCCAAACACUACAGAUUAUCCCCAUUCAUUAAACGACUAGACACCCUGAUGAAUGCCAACUGGAUUGUUAAAGGGUGAGAAACUAAAGAGGAUUCUCAUUAGUCCAUGCAAUGUUUUCCAGUCAGAUGACUUCCACUCCUUUCUCAGUGAGGGACAUAUUGAACCUGGAGCAGAAUCAAGAGGACAUGGUCUCUCUGGACAUGUCUCAGCGGCUGGACAGUGCCCUUAUUCCGACCUCAUCCUGCAUGCUGUCCACUUUCAAACAAGAGCAGUUCAUGGACAUGCCAUCAGGAGCCUCUCUAUUCGGCGAAGACCUUCAGGAUGACAAAGCCAACAAAAACAGCUCAAUGAACUUCGGUACUGCUGCCUUUUAUGGGAAACAUUUCUUAGACAUUGACUAUGUUAAAGACACAAAGACGGAUGACACGUUUGAGGAAAAGGAGAAAAAAGACAUCAACUGUUCUCAAGAAGAGCCGAGUGGAGAUCUAAAGCUGGAUGAUCCUGAUCGCCCCAAACAGAGAAAGAGGAGGAAGCCUCGCGUUCUUUUCUCUCAAGCACAGGUGUACGAGCUCGAGCGACGCUUCAAACAGCAGAAAUACCUUUCUGCACCAGAGAGAGAUCAUCUAGCCAGCGUUCUUAAACUCACCUCCACGCAGGUGAAAAUCUGGUUCCAGAACAGACGAUAUAAGUGCAAGAGACAGCGUCAGGAUCAAACCCUGGAGAUGGUCGGCAUCGCGCCUCCGAGACGCAUCUCGGUGCCGGUUUUGGUUCGUGAUGGGAAACCCUGUCUGGGAGACACGUCAACUUAUAACACCUCAUACAAUGUGGGGAUCAAUCAUUUCACCUAUAACACUUACCCUGCCUUUAGUAAUUUCCCAAGUCAGGGCAACACGAACUACUCAUGCAACUACCCAUCGAGCAUGUCUGCCAUCCAAUCCUCACAGUCAAACAAUAAUUACAUGAACUUUGGAGUUGGGGAGCUAAAUAAUGUCCAGGCAUCAUUUCAGUCCAGCAGUGGGGUAUCCUCGUUACAUGGCAUUCGAGCUUGGUGAAAAAGACACUAAAAGACGAACUCUACUGCAUGAAUGGUUCAAUUGCCAGUUUUUUAACUGAUGACUGUAAUCUGCUGAAAAUCACAGAUUCAAGGCUGGGUUUAGAUUUGCCUGUGAAAUGGUAGAUCAGAUAUAAACUCGUUCAUUUUCACGCUUCUUUAGUAACUUUCCGUAUGCACUGUUUUCAUUAAAAACUGCCUGAAUAAUUUGCUUGCACUUGAGUUAAAUUAUGAGAGAUUAACAGCACGUGAAAUAUGCAACAUGCAGUUUAUUUAUGAUUUUUCACUAGAUGUGUUUUCAGCCCUGUCUAUAGCCUACAACUCGGGAAAAGUUAGCAAGCUUUUCUUUCUUUCUUUCUAGAUCAUUAUUUUCUUUCAAUUCAAGAUCAAUCUAAUUUUUUUUAACACAUUUCACAAGGGAAUAGACUGAAACUAAAGGUAGCAAGGAAAAAUAUGUUAAACAUUACUGUCAUUAAAGCAAUUAUUUUCUUUGUGUAAAUAACCAGAUUGUUUGAGGAUGAUCGCACAAAUAAUACGGCAAAAUAUUUUGUUAUUCAGUUGCCUGUGUAGGUUUGAUAUGUAAACUUUUUGAAAAAAAUAAUAAAAUAAAGGCUUUGCAGAA